CAGAUCAUUCAGCUUGUAUCGAACAACAGUUCUAUCUACGCCUGUUUUAUUUCCUAUAGCUCUCUUAAUAUCGUCCUUAUCACAAGAACAUAGGAUAGCUGCGCAGUGCAGCUGCUUCUCAACGUGCGCUCGCAGUACCCGUUCCAGGACGAGCGAACUUAGCAAGCUGAGAUUCAGACGCACGCUGGCAGUGCUUUACUAUCACCUGCAUACACCGGAAACCAAGCGAUAAGUUCCAAUGGCAUCCGACGAGAACGUUCAGUUCGACGCUCUACGCAUACUAUCCGAAGCGCAGACGUGGUCAGAGAGCAACGAGACGGCCUUGCUCGAACCAUUCACCCAUAUCAGUUCAGUCAAAGGGAAGGAGAUCAGAGGCCUCAUGCUGGAGGCAUUCAACGUGUGGCUCCAGGUGCCGCAGGAUAGGCUCGCUGUGAUCUCAAAGGUGAUCAGCAUGCUGCAUACGGCCAGUCUGCUAAUAGAUGAUAUCGAAGACGAUGCAACGCUGAGGAGGGGUGUCCCAGCAUCACACAAGAUAUACGGUAUACCACAAACUAUCAACUCGGCUAAUUACGCGUACUUUCUUGCCUAUCAAGAGCUCUUCUCGUUGCGAUCGGGCAUCGGGUCUAACGUCGAAAGUGAAGCGGAUUCUGCGGUGAAGCGUCUGAUCCCAUUCAGGGAGUUGGAUCGUAUUGUCACUGCGGAGUUAUUAUCUCUGCAUCGAGGUCAAGGCCUCGAACUGUUAUGGCGCGACUCGCUCCAGUGCCCGACAGAGGAAGAGUAUGUGGCGAUGGUCAACAACAAGACUGGCGGUCUCUUCCGUGUCGCGGUGAAGCUCAUGAUGGCAUGUGCUACUACCAAUGUUGAUGUCGACUACGUCCCUCUGGUCAACCUGUUCGGCAUAUAUUAUCAAAUUCGAGACGAUUACAUGAACUUGCAGAGCUCUCAGUAUGCGGAGAACAAGGGCUUUGCGGAAGACCUCACGGAAGGGAAGUUUUCCUUCCCGAUCGUACACGCUGUCCGUGCGGACAUGUCGAAUCGACAAGUACUCAACGUCCUACAGAAACGCCCAACCACACCGACGCUUAAGCAUCACACCGUAGCGUACUUGCGUAAUCAUACCAAGUCAUUUGACUACACCGUAGGAGUGUUGCGGUCGUUGGAGAAGCAGAUCCGCAGCGAGAUCGCGAGGCUAGGAGGGAACAAGGGUUUGGAGAAGAUUAUGGAUGCUUUGCACGUCGAGUGAGAUGGAAUAGCCGUUGCGAGAGGAGCGGGUACAUAUAUUACAAGUGCUGUCUACUUUGUAUCUACAUUUCGGCCUGCUGCAGUGGGUGGAGGUGAUCUCUAUUUUCCUGUCCACGUGGCGGUCGAUCAUCUGCUAUGCCUGCC